UGCAAUUGGAAAUGAUCGAUGAAGAAUGAAUGGCUCUCUGAGGUCAAAUACACACGUUACCGGUUCGCUUCCGUCUGACUCUCGUCGUAUUCACCGUGUCGUAAUUAUCUGUAUUUAAUCUACAUACAAGAAGAGCCGUUAGUGAACAUUUUAACUAUUAUUUCUUCUGUUUUUUGAGCUGUCACACCAUGUCUAAGGUAGACUUAUCCGGUAAUUACGUUUUAGACAAAAGUGAAAAUUUCGACGCGUUUUUAAAAGCGUUGAAUGUAGGCCUUGUCCAUCGCACAAUGGCUUGCAAAGUAAAGCCAACCGUAGAGAUAGUACAAAAGGGAGACGAAUUUGUGAUCAAAACUUGUACGUCGUUGAGAAGCCAACAACAAAUAUUCCGAGUCGGCGAAGAAUUCAAAUCGAAUAUUACGUGGAGUGAUAAAGAUACCAAGGUACGUGCAUAUUGGGAGGGGGACAAGUUGGUGAUUUCCCCCGUGGAAGAGGACAAGAACCUACCGAUUUUAACAAGGGAGAUACAAGACGGAAGAUUGAUUUUAACUCAACAGAUCGGAAAUGUUGUAGCUAAACGCUAUUUUGUAAGUUGCUAGUUUUUCUACUCAUCUGCGCUUGAGAACCAAAGGAAGAUGAUAAAUGUCUAUUUUUUAACACUACGUAUUACUAGUAGGCCUACUAGACAGGGCAUACUUCAGAAGUUUCUACCGCGGUAUUUUUACAUUGAUGCCAAAGUAGGCCAAGGAAUUUGUUUGAAAUAGGGACAGCAAAUUAGCAGUACUGUAGCACUACACUAUACCACCGAAUUACUAAAUAUGUAGGCCUACAGUACUAUACAACUUAUAUAUGCACUUGAUCUAUAUAGCACGAUAUGACGUCACUGCAGGGAUUGAUCACUCAGGGAGUCAUGAAAGCGAAGUCGUUUAUAUUAUUACCGCGAUCUUUCAUAAUAAGAGUACAGUACUUUCAAAAGGCUCUGAUGGGAUUUCAAUUGUCUUCCAGGGACCAUGCACAAUGUGUUUUGUCGGUUGGUGGUGCAGACGCUUUUGUUAAUAUUCGAAUUUCGAUGUAUUUUUAAAAACUGCCUAUUUUAAAAUGUUCACAUUCCUGCAUUUGCUGGUAAAAUUAUUUGCAAAAAAGAAAUUAAUAACUUUAGAAUAUGAUUUUCUCUAUAGGCCUAUUUCUCUAUUAUUUGAAUUACGGUACGAAAAUAGUAUAAUACUAAUUUGUAAUGUAAAAUAGUUACAUUUGAUCUCGAAGUAUAUAUCUGUUUUUUUGUGUGUUUUUUAGGCAGUAAAUAUAUGUUGGAUUCAGGGCUUUCUAUCAUGCCAUAUUUUAUCUGAAAAUAAUAAAUAUAUAUUUUGUUUUAGCGAUUAUUAUAUUAAUAGACAAAGAUGUUAUUGUAAAUUAAGAACUUACUGUAUUUAAAAUUUGAAUGGGCUUUUUUGAACUGUUUAUGUUGGAGUUGUAGCUUGGUGGUUAAGAAUCUAGCCUUCCAAUCAAACCUGAAAAUCCUGGGUUCAAAUCAUGUGACUGUCGGAUGUUUUUCACGAUUAAGAACAACGCCAAAAACACCACCGAAGAUCCAUCGUAAUUAACGGGCGUUGUAUGGUGUAAAUUAUUAAGAUUUGUAUCAGGGUGGUGUUUACAUUAGGUUGUCUCAAUGUAAUUAUGUUUUUAGUUAUGUAGUGGUGCUUUAUUAUAAAUACAGUUUUAAAUGUUCUCCACCUAGCAACCAACACGAUACAUCAGUGCCUGUGUAGUUCUAACUUUCUGACGUCCAAGGCGUCAGGACGGAGUAGGCAUAUGGCUACUCGAUAAACCAGAAAAGAAACAUAAUGUAUACUCUUAAUGAGGCUUAGAUAAGCCUAAUUGGUAAUUGAGGCUGAGUUUUUAUGAUGGAUUUUGACUUCUGUGAAGCCACCUUUCAGAAUUUUUACAAUUUGAAAAAAAAUGUACUGUGUUAGGAUAACGGAUUUAGGGCUAAGAUGUCUUAUCAUUAUACCAUUAACAUUAUGUUGUUUAUUGAUAAUAAAUUGAUAUAAAAUAAUUAUCACCAUAA